GCCGCUCCUCCGCUCCAGUCGGUCCCAGUCAGAGGACCGAGCCCCGCGGUGCGACUCUCUGUCCCGGACAAAGAAGAAGAACCGACCCGCGACCCAGAGACAGACUGGCUCAGUCAGGAGGAAGUUCAGAGAGUGAGUGAAUCCGCUGAGCGACGGUGGGCUGUGUCGGGUUGUACCCCCCGGGUGAGACCAGAGAACAGCAGAGAGAGAGAGAGAGAGAGAGUGAGAGAGAGAGCGAGCACGCUGGUGUCCCGGAGGAGCCUCAUCUUCUUCAGGCUGCUGAACCACCGGAGCCUCGUCCUUCCUCCCGGACACCGAGUGGACCGUCUCUCACAUACUUGGUGUCUGCGAUGAGGACGGAACCGACGGCACCGACCAGCGGCGAGGCGCCAGACGGAGACAGCGAAAGCUAGGCUCAUCCCGGCCACCGUCGGCGGUCAGCGACCCCCGCGGCCCCCGCCACAAAGACACAGUCCCACAUUCCUCUCUCUCCGCUUUUAUCCCUCGUCAUCCUCCUCUUGCCUCUACAUGUGAUUCGUCUUGCUCCCUCCUGAUCUACCUCUUCACACUCUCCCUCCCUCCCUCCCUCCUCCCCCUCCCUCUCUGCUGCUCUGGCAGGCUGCUCGUUGCAGUGAGUCAGUAUCAUGGAGGCAGGCGGCGGGGCUGCCGCAGCGGUGGGGAGUGCAGCUGCAGCACUAGGACUGCUGGGAGCCACAGCCACGUCCAGCCAUGACAUCUUAGACAGGGGUCUGAGGCCUGGACGUCACCUGGAGGAAGACGAUAUUGUGCCAGAACUGGCUUACAUCCAUCCCAGGGAGAGACCUGACUGGGAGGAGACCAUCAGUGCCAUGGCGAGGAGUGCGGAGAUCCCCGAGCUGCGGGCCGAGCCCCUCAUGCGCUCGUGCAGCAGCAGCACGGCCAGCAUGAAGGUCAAGAAUGUCAAAAAACUUUGCUUCACCAAGGGCCACUUCCCGAAACUGGCCGAGUGCGCUCACUUCCACUAUGAAAAUGUGGACUUUGGCACAGUUCAGUUGUCCCUCGGGGAUGAACAUUGUGAAGUGACGAGGAACGGCUACGAGUCCAAGGAGCUGGUGUAUCUGGUUCAUAUUUACUGCCAGGGUCGAAGCUGGAUUGUGAAGCGCAGCUAUGAGGAUUUCCGUGUCCUGGACAAGCACCUACACCUCUGCAUAUAUGACAGACGCUUCUCUCAGCUGCCGGAGCUGCCUCGAGUUGAGAGUCUGACGGACCAGUCGGAGUCAGUUUCCCAGAUGUUGUUGGCUUACCUCUCCCGGCUCUCGGCCAUUGCUGACAACAAGAUCAACUGUGGGCCGGCUCUCACGUGGAUGGAGGUCGACAACAAGGGGAAUCAUCUGUUGGUCCAUGAAGAGUCGUCCAUCAACGUGCCGGCUAUCGCUGCCGCCCACGUCAUCAAGCGCUACAUCGCUCAGGCCUCAGACGAGCUGUCCUUCGAGGUUGGCGACAUUGUGUCAGUGAUUGACAUGCCCCCUAAAGAAGACACCACAUGGUGGAGGGGCAAGCAUGGCUUUCAGGUUGGCUUCUUUCCCAGCGAGUGCGUGGAGCUCAUAAAUGAUAAGGUGCCGCAGUCUAUGACGAACUCGGUGCCAAAACCAGCCACCCCCUGCUCUGGCCUGCAGCCUGCUUCUUGGAACCUCUUCCCCCCCUACUUGGAGAUGGAGAGUGUUAUACAGGACAGUGCAUGGGUGGCCGACCCGCUAAACCACUACAGCAUAAGUUCAGUGUCUAAGAAGCACGGGAAGCUGAUCACCUUCCUCCGCUCCUUCAUGAAGUCCAGGCCCACCAAGCAGAAGCUGAAGCAGAGGGGCAUCCUGCGGGAGAGGGUGUUCGGCUGUGACCUGGGAGAACACCUCCUGAACUCCGGACACGAUGUUCCCCAGGUCCUCAAGAGCUGCACCGAGUUCAUCGAGAAACACGGUGUGGUGGACGGCAUCUACCGCCUCUCUGGAAUCGCCUCCAACAUCCAGAAGCUGCGGCACGAGUUUGACUCUGAGCAGAUCCCCGACCUGACCAAAGAUGUUUACAUCCAGGACAUCCACUGUGUGGGCUCGCUGUGUAAGCUCUACUUCAGAGAGCUGCCCAACCCCCUGCUCACCUACCAGCUCUAUGAGAAAUUCUCUGAGGCGGUAUCAGCAGCAACGGAUGAAGAACGGCUCAUCAAGAUCCAUGAUGUCAUCCAGCAGCUUCCUCCGCCGCAUUACAGGACGCUGGAGUUCCUCAUGAGACAUCUCUCCCACCUGGCAACAUUCAGCUACAUCACCAACAUGCACAGCAAGAACCUGGCCAUCGUCUGGGCUCCCAACCUGCUGAGGUCCAAACAGAUUGAAUCUGCGUGCUUCAGCGGCACAGCAGCCUUCAUGGAAGUCCGAAUCCAGUCGGUGGUGGUGGAGUUCAUCCUCAACCAUGUGGAUGUUCUGUUUAGCACCAAGCUCAGCUCACUAAUACGAGAGGGAGCAGGACACAACUCAUUGUCACGGCCCAAGUCCCUGCUGGUUUCAUCACCCUCCACCAAACUCCUUAGUCUGGAGGAGGCCCAGGCUCGGACUCAGGCUCAGAUCAACUCUCCGGUCACUGAGGACAGCAAGUACAUCGAGGUGGGCGAAGGUCCGGCCGCCCUGCAGGGCAAGUUCCACACCGUCAUCGAGUUUCCCACUGAGAGGAAGAGGCCUCCAAUCAAAUCCAAGAAGUCUCCUGUGGGUAGCUGGCGUUCUUUCUUCAACCUGGGCAAGUCUUCCUCCAUGUCCAAGCGCAAGCUUCACCGCAACCCCAGUGAGCCGAGUGAACUUAAAUCCAUGGCUCUCGCUGGAGGCAGAGGAGACACAGCAACAUUACGAUCAGCCAAGAGUGAAGAGUCACUGAGUUCCCUGCACAAUGUGGAAGGAGAGUCCAAGGUGUACCGUCCUCGGAGGCCGCGUUCCAGCAGCGACGCCCUGUCGGCCUCCUUUAACGGCGAGCUGCUGGACAGCCGGCAGCACUGCAACUCCUACGACAACCUGGAGGCCACGGAGGACAGCGACGGGGACGACGGGCCCAUCUGUGUGCCUGCCCUCAUCUCACCCCCUCGCUCCGCAGGCGAAGAGGUGGACCUCAGCCCGCCAGACAUUGGCAUGGCCUCCUUGGACUUUGACCCCAUGUCUUUCCAGUGCAGUCUCCCAGACACAUCCUACGCCUUCCCGUUAGAUGACUCGCCGGCUGGGGCUGAGGCCUCCACGUUAAAGAGGAGCCCGGGCAGCAUGUGUGGCAAGAUCAACGGCUCCGACAUCUCCGCCUCCUUCCUGGGCUGCCUGACCCCCCCCUUGUUAUCCACAGACUUCAGUCUGGCUGCAGGAGAGAAAGCGGACAGCAAGAAAUUGACCACUUCCUAUUCGUACACUGAUAAACCCACACAGGCUGUGUCACCUAUUAAAUGUGGUAGAGCCAUUGGUAUGACACAUUUUUCCACUUCAGGGCUUUUCUCAGUAGAGAUGCCUGACAAGAGUACAACUGGACAGGCUGCCCCUCCACAAGCAAUACCUCCUCCUGUAACCCCCAAGGACUCCCCUCCCCUGAUGGGCAGCGUGUUGCUGGGGGCGGCCGAGCUGUCACUAGGUGAAGCUUUCCAAAUGGAGCUGCACUGUAAGCUGGCGGCCUUUGACAGCACGGACAGCGUAGAGCUGACGGGAGAGGAUGCCGUCCAGCAGGCGGCAGCUGCCAGCAGACGGGAGCGCCACGGCGAGGAGCACCACGGUGAGGAGCGCCACGGUGAGGAGCGCCACGGUGAGGAGCGCCAUUGUGAGGAGCGCCAAGGACUUGUAGCCCUGGACUCUUCAGAAGACCUCCCCCCUCAUUCCCUCAGCUCUACAGCUCCCACCUCUGCCCCUCCUCCUCCUCCCCCUCCUAAAAAUGCUGCCCGCAUGUUGGCCCUGGCCCUCGCUGAGUCUGCCCAGCAGGUCUCCAUCCAGUCUCAAGCUCGGUCCUCUGAGCCCCCGACACCGGUGUCCUCUCUGCAGUCACAGGACGCCUCUGACUUCCAGGACUCGCCACAUCCACUCCUCCUACAUUUCCAGACUCCCUCCGAGGAGAGAGCUGAACAAGGAUGUCCCUCUGCCACGGCCGUCAGUGCAGCCUCUUCUUAUCCCUACACUUCCAGUCCUCCGUUCAAGCAGCCGCUGCUAGACGCUGCCAAGUUCUCCAGAAGUCCACCUGGAACACAGCCACGGUCAGACUCCACCCUACCAGACACUCCGCUUUACAAGUGCGCUCCACUCUCUAGUUCAACCAGCCGGACUUCUCCAAGCAGGAAAUGUCCAGAGAGGCAGCAGGCUGUGGCAGGACAGGUCCCGGUCCACAGCAGCUGGUCCACUCCCCCCGCGGCCUCCGCCACGGCCUCCACCCCCAGUGGCACCUGGACAGACUCUGUCGUACCGCAGCCUGGUCCUGAGGUGAAACCAGAGGACACUGCACCACCCGUGACCCUUCCAACACCAUCAGAACAGCCGCCUCCGACAGCUCAAAAGCCCAAAAAGCACUCUGUUCCCAUGUCCCAGCAUCAGACACAGCCUCGUCUUCCAACGCCGCCUCAUCUGCAGCCUCAGCCUCAGACACAGGUCCAGCCUCAGCCUCAGCCUCAGACACAGGUCCAGCCUCAGCCUCAGACACAGGUCCAGCCUCAGCCUCAGCCUCAGACACAGGUCCAGCCUCAGCCUCAGCCUCAGCCCCAGCCCCAGACACAGGUCCAGCCUCAGCCUCAGCCUCAGAUGCUCUCAAAGGCCAGUGCCAGAGUGGCCCUCACCUCUGCUGAGCCUCUUGAGAAGCCUUGGGAGGCCAUUAAGCCAGUACAGCCCUGCACAGAUUCUUCAAAGCACCACGACUCCUACGGACCCAGACCUCCGGCCCCUCCGGCCCCUCCUGUCCGCACCAUUGAGAGCAAACUGGCCACUGCAGCACUCAGCCAAAGUGAAGCGUCCUAUUCCAUGCUGGAUGAGGGCCCUGCACCGGGCCAUCUGGAGGAGGCUGUGCCUCACCAUCCUCUUUCUCCUCAUUCAUCUUCAAUGCACAAGCCAGCCUACCUGUACCACGCUCAAGGAGAACCUGUUUUGAUUGAACCUCCAGGAGCUGCAUACUACCACCAGAAGCCCCUUCCACUGGGCCCGCAGUCCAUGCCGCACCACUACCGGCCAGACAGUGUCCCCCCACACCUCUCAUAUGUGUCCACAUCUGAGCCCCAGAUACCUUACAGUGCCAGAGUGGACAACAGAUACAGCACUUUAGGCCCCAGGUCAUACCACCACUCCAUCAAGUCCAGAGGAAACUCCCGCAGCAUGUUCGUGUCUCCAGGCCCGGGGCAUCAGAGUUAUAGCCACGACAGAACCCAGGGCUAUCCCACCAUCCGCAGAGUGCACUCACUCCAUGUUUCCUCCGCUGUCCGCUCAGUGCCCAUCCACAGGACAGAGGUUCCGCCGGACGACGACAUGUUCUUCUACCACAGGCCCGUGUAUCAGUGCAAAGCCUACCAGCAGCCCCAGCAGCCCCAGCAGCCCCAGCAGCCCCAGCAGCCACAGCAGCCACAGCAGCCACAGCAGCCACAGCAGCCACAGCAGUCCUCACAAGCCGACUACCACGUCACUCAGCUGCAGCCUUACUUUGAGAACGGGCGGGUCCAGUAUCGCUACAGUCCGUACUCUGGUUCAAGCCCUUUGGAGGCACCUUUCUACGACAUCGACCCUUACGGCACCAUCCGCAUCCGGCACUUCCACUCCUACGGAGAUCCCGGAGCUGUCGCUGGCCGACAGGGUGGAAAGGCGACUGGGUACCACUACCUCACUCGCCACGUUAUCCCACCUGGGAAGGAGCACAGCUUUGUGAGCAGGGACAUGCCCCCCGGCCAUGGGAACAAGGAAGCUGCCUCGUACCUGUCUUGGGACCCCGAGGAGUCAGAAAGGCUUCGCAUGCACUCCAUCCGCAGGGAGAGCCGGGCCAGGCAGAGGAUUAAAGGCCCCGUCCUCUCUCAGUAUGACAACGUCGGCUUGUUCACACCAGCAGACAUGUCGGGUUAUGAAACCCUACACCUGCGCAGUAAAUCAGACCCAGGUAAAGCUGUGCUGAUUGUGGCGGAGAGCAAAGAUGGCCGCUACCUCCCCAGACACAUGGUGCCAGACCCUGACGUCCUCAUGUACAUGGAGACUGACAAGCAUGUCCAGGGCAGUGUGGUGGGCGACAAGUCGGACGGGCACGUCAAACAAAGCAGUUCCAAAAAAUGCCAAUCCUCUCACUCCCUCCCUGCUACUCUGAGCCACAGUCUCUCCCAUCAGCAGGAGAGCGGCCGACACGAGAGCGGAGACGACGGCAGGUCUAAACACUGGCAGCAUCCCAACAAGAGGAACUUCCAACCGCGGUACGAGUGUCCCGAUUCUAAAGCGAAAACACUGAGCGGCUACCACAGUGUGGACGACCCGCAGUCGGCUCCCAGGGAGCAAGUCGGCCGCACCAAACCUGAGCGGUCGCACAGCGUCCGAGAGCAGCAGCACUACAACGUGGACAGAGAUUACACGUAUCAGAAACACAGCAGCAAACCUGAGCAGUCCCACUAUGAUAACUUGGACGAUUACCACCCAGUACCUCAACCUCAGGCCCCUGUUCAAAAACGCGGAGGCUCCGGCUCGUAUCCCGCCCCAGGACUGUCAGCGAGCCACAGCAACAGAGCGUACUCCACCGCACUGGGCCAGGGAGCCUUCGUCCAGACCGAGCUGGCCAUGCAGAGGUCAGAGGCCGAGAUCCGCACAGAAUGAGGGACGUCAGGGCAGGAACAUGUGUAAAGAAAGACUGACCUCCGGGUUGAGCAGCCUCUGCAGGACAGUGGACUGUCGCACCAACGAUAUUUUUGCUCCUCUGUAUUUUUAAUGAAUUGUAAAGAAAAUUGUAAGACUUUUUACAGAAAGCCCUGAAUGUACCUGAAGUUCAACGUCAUAUCAUUGUGAUUGAUUGAGACAGUAGUCAGUCAUAAAUGUAUAAUAUGAACAAUGUACUUUCAACAGGAACCACACAAGUGUACAAAUUUAUAUAUAUAUACUAUAUAUAUAAAUAUAUGAAUAGAAUCUGAAUAGUAAAAAGGGAUAUUUAGUUGUAUUUUUUUUAGGUGUGGCGCUGGGUAUGAGCAUCAACUGGGGUUAAGGUUUGCAUUUUAGAAAUGCAUGAAAUCUUUGUCCCACAGAACAGUUCGCCUGCGUCUGUCUGGAUGUUACAGCACAAGGUGUGGAAGGAGGAGCCACGCAGGUCAUCGGGCGCCCACCCCCUCCCCCUCCUCUGAGCGGUGUGUCCAUGUUUGUCAUGAAGAAUCCACCUGAGUGAGUUAUGAAGGAGAUGCCGUGGGUUACUCUCAGUUCAUAUAGAGCUUAUUAAUCUUUUCUUUUCUCUGUGACUGUGCCAUUUUUACGUAACUUUGCUGACUUUGAUGACUUGGUACUUGGUCUGUUCUUCGGUGGAUGAGGGACCAAAUGACUCGGCGCAGUUGUUGCACAUCCUGGGAUGCAGAGGGGAAGCUGGUGUGUGCGUGUGGUAGCUUUAGAAAAUGGAAGAGGUGGUUUUUAAUCAAGGUACUUUCAUGAACUGGACUGAAAAACGACGUGGCGAGGAACGUGUUGCCGCUGCAAAGAAACACCUUGGUGACGAGCCUUAACUUUAGUUCCUCCAGACAUGAUUCUGUUUAGUCAUCGUCAUACUGCACAAACAUUGUCAUAGUUAGAUAUACACUCACUCUUGAUGAUUCUUUGCAGUUCAGGGUUGGCAGGUGACCCGCAGGGUUUAUUUAGUUUUGUAUCGCCUCUUUGGUUCUGAAUUUAAAACCAUAAGCAAAGGAAAUGUUGUUUUUUUUUCUAGAUAUCUGGGGCCACUUUUUUUCAAGCUGGAAAUUCAUGUAUAGUACAUUCAUCUGGUAUUAUACUACAUUCCCCUCUGGUUUACCAUAAUGGAAAGAAAUACAAUAUUACAAAUGUCUAAAUCCAGGUUGUACUCUGUAACCGCUUGACUUCUAUAUUGCUUGCAGGUUUUGCUCCUCUUGCCUUAUCUAAAGCCUCUACCUUUUCAGAUGGGGUGUUGAAGUAAGGCACUGUGUACUUGAAUGUGAAAACACUCUUGUCUCAAACUAGAGGUAUCUAAGGUUAGAUAUGAAAUAAAUAAAACUGUUCAGGAA